AAGUUAGCAGAUGGCAAACAAACAGGAAGCAGAGUCAGACAAAAUACCAAAAGGUUUGUAGUGCUUGGCCACGAAGUACUACCACAGAGGUUUAAACAACCUUCUGGCGAAGAACAGAUGAAGAGCCGGAGUAGAUAUACUGCAGGAAAUGAGCUGAUGAGAGGCAGCUUGUUCCCAGAAGGAAAAUACUCAACUGACACGGCCGUUUCCCUGUGCCUCACUGUGAUCAAAACCGAGAAACGCAACCAGCGUUUAGUUGAAAUCUGAAGAGCUGAUGGCCCACAAGAUCUGCAUUGAGUGAUCACGAUAUGCUGAAAGUUAAAUCAGGCCGGGAAGUGAAACUGUGAGAAGAUUGCACCCCACUCAGUUAAGCAGAGAGCCUUCACAAGGGCCAAACAAGCCCUACCAGAACUGAGACAGAGAUGGAGUGGUAUAUAUCGACACGUGAUCCUGUGGUUAAAGGGAAACCAUAUAAGCAAGUGAAGAUGAGUCUGGUUGUUAAAGUUACCAGUUGUACUACCCAGACAAAGAACUGUGACUGAGAAGGUUGCUUUCUACAUCUCACCACUGAUUGGAUAACAUGGAUGAGCCAUUUACAACUUUUAUGACCACAGGAACUUAUUAUGAUGGAACUGACUCUUUUCACUACUCAGAUGACUAUUAUUUAGGCCCGACUGAAAACACAGGCAUGUGUGACAGAAGCUCUGUCAGGGAGUUCCGUGGGCAGUAUGAACCGCCUCUCUUCUGGAUCAUCUUCAUCCUUGGCGCCGUGGGUAACCUGAUGGUGGUUUGGAUCUACACCACUGUGCGCAACCGCCUGAAAACAAUGACCGACGUGUACCUGCUAAACCUGGCUGUCGCUGACCUCCUCUUCCUGUGCAUGCUGCCCUUCUGGGCUGUCGAUGCCAUCAAGGGCUGGGACUUUGGCAUCAGUCUCUGCAAAAUGGUGUCCGCUAUCUAUAAAAUCAACUUCUUCAGCAGCAUGUUCCUGCUCACCUGCAUUAGUGUGGACCGCUACAUUGCUAUUGUACAAGUCACCAAGGCCCAGAACCUGAAGAAAAAGAGACUGUUCUACAGCAAACUUGCCUGCGUGGGUGUCUGGUUUCUCUCCACUCUCCUGGCCCUCCCUGAGUUUAUCUUUGCCCAGGUGAAGACGGACCAAAAAGGGCAGUCCUUCUGUACUCUGGUCUACUGGAACAACACAAACAACCGGACUAAGAUUCUAGUGCUGUCCCUGCAAAUCUGCAUGGGUUUCUGCCUUCCUCUACUAGUUAUGUUCUUUUGUUACUCUGUCAUCAUUCGCACACUUCUGCAGGCCAAGAGCUUUGAAAAGCACAAGGCCCUACGUGUCAUCUUUGCUGUGGUGUUUGUGUUUGUUCUUUCUCAGCUGCCUUACAAUGGCGUGCUGAUAAUGGAGGCCACGCAGGCAGCUAAUACCACUAUCACCGACUGUAAAAUUGUAAUUGGCAUUGAUGUAGCUGGACAGGUUGCCAAGACCCUGGCAUAUACUCACGCCUGCCUGAACCCAUUCUUGUAUGUCUUCAUUGGAGUUCGGUUCAGACAAGACCUCCUGAGGAUUGUGAGGAUGUGUGCUGCUGGUGGUCUGGGCAAAGGAGGGCUCAGUAAAAUACAGGCAGUUCCCAAACGUCCCUCUGUCAUGUCUGACACUGAUACUACCCCUGCCCUUUCCAUAUAAAUGCCCAUUUUCUUAAAAUCCUCAACCUGACCUGAGCCUGAGACCUGAGCCUAGUUCAACAUGAUCAUAUUUUUUAUUUUGUUCCUUGUGCAUUACUUGCUACUAGCAGAGCAACGAUAACAUUUCCAACUUUACAGUUUAUAUUCAUUAUAUUCAUAUUCUGACAGUCACAGGCACAUUAUUUUCUGGAAUCACUGUAUAAACUGUAAAUUUGUGUAAAUACUGUUUUUUAGUGUUUGUAUUUUUACAUUUGUUCCAUCAUGUAUUUGUCGUGUGCUGCUGUAACUGAAUAAAGUUUUGAUUUUCAGGUACAAAACAACAAUUAAAAAUGAUAAAAAUCUUAA